AAUGUCUUACCCACCAUUAGUUGAAUUGGAUUGGGAGGAUCUCGAAUACCUCGAAAAUUUGGAGAGGGAAUUAACCCCUUGGGAGCAAGAGUAUUUGGAGGAGAUGUACGAGCAAAAGGAGGAAUAUGAAAGACAAUUGAAGAUCAUGGAGGAGGUCAUCGAAGGAGAGCCCUUAUUUACGUUCGAUCUACCGGGCUAUGUUGAAGACAAGGCAGUCGAGUGUGAGGUCGACCAAGUCGAGUGCGAGGAACAGUUGUUCGCCGACGAGUUCACGGACAAGGAGAACAAAGAGAGGAAGUCGUACAAACAUGAGACCGACGUCGAGUACACCAUGGUGAGUUCGGGUGAUUGGAGCAAACCGUGCGCGCAGGAAUGGCACGCGCAACACAUCGAGGUCGAGGCCGAAGGAGCCGAGGUAGUCGAUGUCAAGGAGGCGAUCUUGGUCGAGGUCGACGAGGACCAUGGGUGGGAUGUGCGCAUGGUCGAAGAAAGAGUGCCCGAUGUUUGGAUGGUCGAGGAUGAAUCCUUGAGGACAAAAAAAGUCUCGAAGUGGAGGGGAAUGAUACGGAAGUGGGUUUCGAACCCCUGCGACAAGAAGGGCCAAGGGCCGAGAAGACCCGAGGAGGCUGAGAAUAGGGCUGAAACGACGCAUGCAUGGCCUAAGAGGCGGGUACGAGCUCGUAUGCGAGGCGCAAGAGCACGUAAGGAAUGGCAAGGAACUACACGAGGGUCGAGCAUGAGAGGGUCGAAGCUCGUUUGUCAAGGGAUAGCGCGCGACCAAGCACGAGGAGGAGUCCGCGGGUUGGACGCGCGAUUACACGGGUCGGCCAAUGAAGGUUGCGCAAAGGAAGGCCGAGCAUGGCGGAGUGGCGCGCAGGGGGAGGUUGUUGGGUGGAUGGCGCGCGAGGGGAGUUGCUGCGGAUGGACGGGCGCGCAGCAAACGAUGAGCGAUGCGCGGGCAUUGGGCGCGCUGGACGACGAGCGCGGGGCGCACGACGACACGCGCGAGGCACAAAUCAAGACCGGGGUGGCAAGCCUAAUCCUCAUAGGAAUAGGCAAGGCGCGAAUACUAAUCCCUGCAGGAAUAGGAAAAGCAGUUGAGUGCUGGAACGCGCGUGGGAGAUCGGUGACGGGAGUAAUCCUUGGAAAAUCAGGAAACGUAACCGGGAGCAUAUUCCUUGUAGGAAUUGGAAUAGUGGAUAUGGGCUCGAGGCAUG